UUCCUAUCUUCAAUAGAAUCAUCAGUUACACACCAUGGCUUGCUUAUCCAUAACCAAACCUUUCAUUUCUGCUUCUCUUUCCGCAAACCAUGACUCCACCGCUUCUCCGCCGCAACAAUCGAACCUCUCCGAUGCCAAGCCAUCGAUUCCGGUCCUUAAAACAAACACAAAGUUGAAAUCCUCAACUCCUCCAAGUAAGAAAAGCAGCCAGCAAUCCAAACUCCAACAGCAGCUCAAUCUUAUGAAAAUGGAACAAGCCAUUGGCGCUGGAAGUUACCGUGAUUCGGAUCCUACUGGCUCGGAGCAGAAGGAGUCUAUCUUUAACGGAGUGGUGCCGAAUGAAUAUGGUGUUCUUGAGGGGCCAUUAGAGAGAAAGCUUAGAGAAACUGGAGAAUGGCUUUCUGAUAAAACUGAGAAACAGUUUCGUUCUUCUAGUUCGAGUAAACGAAUUUUGAUGUUUUUCCUGAAGUGGGUUCUACCGUUAUACAUUUUGAUGUUCUUGGUGACUACUGGAACUGUGAAGCUACCCUUUAGCACUCCUUUUCUUGAUGAUUUUCUAUUGUAAAUAUAUGCAAAUUAAUUCAACUUUUUGUUAUUGUAAUGCUGUAAUUAAUUAUAAACCAUCACAUAUAAAAUCAUUAAAUCUUCUAACCAA